AUGACAGCCCGGCUCCCCCGGGACAAACUGUCCAGGAUAUCCACCAUGAUUCAAGAUUUCAGUCACAAGAGAAAGUGCACCAAACAACAGCUACUAUCUUUGAUUGGACAUUUGAGCUAUGCCUGCAAAGUUGUGGUGCCUGGGCGGUCAUUCGUGUCUUAUCUCAUUGAUCUCUCGAAGUCAGUGAAAAACUGCAUCACAGACAUGAACAUGUGGCACACGUUUCUUCACAAGUGGAACGGGGUGUCAUUCUUCCAUGAAUCAUCAUCGACACCAGCUCCAGACAUGAGACUGUAUACUGAUGCCUCUACUUUAGGAUUUGGAGGAUAUUUCAAUGGUUCAUGGUUCUCUGCACCAUGGCCAGUCAACAUGCAACGUCUGUGCCGUAGUAGCAGUCGAUCUAUGGCUCUCCUGGAACUCUACCCCAUUGUGGUAGCAGCAGUGUUGUGGGAUCGGUCGGUUCCGGACACUAGCCCCCAAAGCAGAUCUUCAAGCUACACCAUGCCCACCCCCGUCACAACUGACAUGGGUCUGGCAGAACAUCUGAACACCCUAUGGGAGGCAUCAGUCGGAACAAGAACCAGAACUACUUACGCAACUGGUUUCCAGUCCUACAUCUCAGUCCUUCGAUACAGCUUGUAUACAACUCUGACGCAGCCCUUCGGAAACCUACCUCCGGUGAACUCGGCACUGCUAGAACAAUAUGUGGCCUACUGUUUUGGUGAAGCUAAACUUCAGUAUAGCACUGUGAAGUCAUACCUUGCGGGCAUUCGAUUCACCUAUCUGAAAGCAGGUAUCCAGACAGUGUUUGAUCUAGUCUCCUGUGGUGCUCUAAACCAACUGCAGACUCUUCUACAUGGGUAUAAAAGACUGCAGAAACCCAGUAUAUCUACACGCCUGCCUAUAACUUAUGAUGUGCUAACAAAGAUUGUGCUUAAACUAAGAGAAGGAGUGUUAGGACCAUUUAACGAUCUGGUUAUGGUGGUCAUGAGCACAACAGCCUUCUUCGGAUUCCUCAGGUGUGCUGAAUUUACAUGUUCACGUGAAUUCGAUGCAAGCACCAACGUAUCUGUGUCGGAUGUGACAAUGGAUCAUAUCCAAGGGAAGUGUACUCUGACACUAAAAGCCUCCAAAACUGACGUCUUCAGACAGGGUGUCAACAUAUCCCUGUUCGCUAACUACACGGCCAUCUGUCCAUGUAUUAACCUUAACCGCCUCAAACAAGUAAGACUCUCUCAGGGUGCCUCGAACAGUGACCCGCUUUUCGUAGACUGUGUGGGGAAGGCAAUCACACGUACAGUGUUGCUCCAAUAGCUUGCCCAAACUAUGAGACAUGCAGGACUCGAUUCCAGGAAAUAUUCAGGACACUCAUUCAGUAUUGGUGCAGCCACGUCUGCGGCUAGU